AUGGCAGACAAGGCUGAUGACCCGAUGGAGGUGGACGAUGAGAUGGAGGCCAGUGAGGCCGCUAAGAAGGUCUUUGAAGACCUUCUCGACAAGGCACAAAGCCUUGAAGUGAAAGAUGCCUCCAAGGCCAAAGAGGCCUACAAGGAAAUCAUCUUCAAGCAGGAUGUUGAGGAUCCAAAUGCAAAGUAUAGAGAAAAAGCGAUUUACGCUCUUGGGGACCUCCUAGUGGCGAAGAAAUUGCCGCAGGACAUCUCGUCCCUCAGCAAGGACCUCCGGCCCCUCUUUUCAGAGUUGCCAAAGGCCAAGACAGCAAAGAUCGUUAGACACCUCAUUGACCUCUUGGCAAAAACAGAGGGCUCGCAGGCUUUGCAGAUAGAAAUGUGCAAGGAUUGCAUCCUGUGGUGCAAAGGCGAGAAGAGAACUUUUCUGCGCCACAGAGUAGAGACGAAGCUCGCUGGGUUGUACCUGGUGGAGCUUAAGUACCAGGAUUCUUUGGAGCUGCUAACGAGGCUUCUGUCUGAAGUCAAGAAACUGGAUGACAAGCUGCUUCUUGUCGAGAUUCACAACAUCGAGUGCCGCGUUCACUAUGCUGUGCAGAAUAUGCCAAAGGCGAAGGCGGCUCUCACUGCAGCAAAAACGAACGCCAAUGCCAUCCACUGUCCGCCUUUACUCCAGGCUGAGAUUGACCUGCUGUCAGGGGUUCUCAGUGCCCGCGAGAAGGAUCAUCGGACAGCUUUCUCCUACUUCUAUGAGGCUUUCGAGGCCUACCACCAGACAAGCAGUACGGCCAAGGCCAGAACAGCGAUGAAGUACAUGCUUCUUUCGAAGAUUAUGUCCAACCAGCCAAAGGAAACGAACACCAUCAUCAGCAGCAAGUCUGGGCUGCAGUAUGUGGGACCAGAGAUCGACGCCAUGGCAGCAGUCGCCAGUGCGCACGAGGCUCGGUCGCUGAAGAAAUUCGAAGCAGUCCUGGAGCAGCACAAGCAUCAGCUCUCUGAGGACCCCAUCAUUCAAUUCCACCUUUCCGAUCUCAACGAGACUCUCUUGGAGCAGAACAUCCUUAGGAUAUUGGAACCCUUCAGCCGGGUUGAGAUCACUCAUGUAGCUGAGCUCAUUGAGCUGCCUUUGGUUCGAACUCAGGCAAAGCUAAGUGAGAUGAUCUUGGACCAGAAGCUCAAUGGCACUCUGGACCAAGGCGUGGGUGUUCUCAUCGUGUUUGAUCAAGAGCAGGUGAGCUCAACAUACGACAAUUCAUUGAAGACAAUCAAGAACACAUCAGAGGUCUUGGAUACCCUCUAUGGCCAGGCAAAGCAGCUUGCCUAA